CCUACCACUAUCAGCAUGGACUCGGAUCCAGAUUCAGACUCAAAUCAUGUAACUCUAAUGUCUAAUGUUGUUCCAUCUUUGAUCAGGCUUCAUUUCAUUUCAGAUGUGGUCCAAGCACCUUGCUAAGGAGGCACCGCACAGUAUACGACAUGUUUCAAUUCGGCAGCUUCUCAAAGCUGAUUUGCCUUACGAGAAAGCUUUGUUCUCAAUGAACGACAAGCCCUUUAAACGAGUCAUUGUCGUCGGUAAUGUGCGCCAGAAGACGGUGACACCCAAUCAGAUUGCCUAUAAGCUAGACGAUGGUAGUGGUUGCAUAAUGGCACGGUUCUGGCGCGAUCCUACUCUUGAGCAGGAUUUUGUGGAUGAUGAUAUUACCAGUGAACUCCGCUUCGUGCGAGCUGUGGGAGAACUAAACGAGUUCAAGACAACUGCUCGGGGCAUAAAAAUUAGAUCCUUGCUUCUACAAAGCUUGGAAUAUAUUGAAGAUCCUCAUGAAGUCUUCCACCACAUUGCACAGAUCAUAGUAGACACGCAGACGGCUUUACAUGGCCAACCGUCAAUGGCUUCUGCGAGACCGGCUCCCUCCGAGAUCAGUCGUGACCUACAAGAUCUCCAGCUUCACUCAGAAGCAUCCCCUGAUCUCACUGAAGACGAUGAACUCACAGACAGCGUCAGUAGAUCUGUCGACGUUGAUAGUGUUUUAGAGACCCCGGCAAAAGUCAGGAAUGCCCGAUACCUUCCCCCUCCUUCACCUACCCCUCGACCACGGCGGGCAGCUAGAGGACGUGACGGUCAUACGUUGUCCUCAGGUAGAGGUGAUUCUGCGGAAUCCGGUCCUUCCAGAAUAGCUGGACUUAGAUACCCUCCUACCACUCUCAAACCAUUACGGGAAGAACAGUCGUCAGAUCUGGGGCAAAUUAUCCUGUCCGUAAUCAGUGACAGUAUGGCUGCCUUGCGCACGUCAAGGCCCACAUUCACAUAUGAGGGCAUCAGGAGAGGGGACAUUGUGGAACAAGUGCUCAACCGCACUCCAUCAAUCUCUUUGAGCCAAGUAAACGAAACGUUGCGAUGUCUCGUAGAUCGUGCUGAUAUCUACGAGACUAUUGAUGAAAACCACUUUGACUUACUUGAUUAAUAUGAUGAUGAGGUGGUAGUAUACUACCCUACCAUCCCUUGUCGGAUGAGCAUUCGCUGCAGUCGAGAUGGUUGGGCCCGGCUGUUCCCUUGCGGGACCCCGUCUUAGACGGAGCCGCGUAUAUCUGUCUAUCUAUCUACAAGUGUAAAUCACCAGACUUUGA